UUGUUGGGGACAGUCGUAAACACGCGUUGUAGAGUGAACAAUAUAUCAUAUCAACCAGCGGUUUUUUCUGCCGAAUCAUUUGGUAAGAAUCACUUUUUUGUCCUGUAACAUUAGCACGCAAGAGAAAUCCUUUCGGAGAAAGUGGAACGUAAUGUUCCUCGGGCAAUUCGACAACACUACAUAAAACAGGUCAUUCAGCAGUAGAGGCGGUACGCCAGGAAUUAUAUUCCAAGAAUAAAAGCCAGGUGAAUUCUUCAAAGUUCAUCGAAAUCAGUCGUUCUUAAGCAGUCUACUCUAUCUCGUCAACAUCUCGAUCUGUGAAAAGUGGUUCAAAAUCAUUGGGACAAUGCGUAUUUUUUCGUUGGCCGCCGUCGCUUUGAGUUGCGUAUUUUCCACAAUUCAAGGUUUGCCCUUCAAACCAGUUGUGAAGUCAAGCGAGCGGAAGAGCUUCUUGCCUACGUGUUCUCUUUGUAAUCUUGCGGUCCACGGCAUCUUCCAGAGUUUCGAAAUCGGUCUUACGAAUGAAGACAUUGUUGAUAACAUCGCUUUGAUAUGUAUCAGUCGAAAUCUGUACGACGAAGAGAUUUGUCGAGGAGUAGCCACGGAUGCUAUUCCCACAGUGAGGUACAUCCACAACAAUUCACUAGCUGAUCCAGGUAACAUUUGCGGUAUUCUUAUGCAAGAAGCCAAUUGCACGUUUUCCGAUCGCGAAAAGUUAGAGUGGAGUAUUGCACCAAGUUUAAUACCCAAACCAGACAUAGUUCAACUUGACUCACCCCCGUCAGAUGCAUCGACGAUCAAAGUUCUCCAUUUGGCUGAUCCUCAUUGGGACCCAGAAUAUUUAGAGGGUUCCAACGCGAACUGUGGCAAGCCUCUCUGUUGUCGAGCAUCUUCGGGUCUAGUGGCUACAACUGACGAUGAGGCCGGUUAUUGGGGUGAUUAUAGAAAAUGUGACAUGCCUUGGAGGACUCUCGAGAACGCAGUGAAACACAUGUCAAAGCAUCACUCGGACGUCGCUUAUAUCAUAUGGACUGGCGAUCUCGUUCCGCACGACAUUUGGUCAACAACUCGUGAAGAAAACAUGCUUAUACAUGAAAGCUUACUUAAUUUGAUAAAAAAAUAUUUUCCCGACACACCAAUCUAUCCAACAUUGGGAAAUCAUGAUGCUCAUCCUGCCAAUACUUUCGCAACACCAGAGAUAACCGAUCAAGAUUUGGGUGCCGAAUGGCUGUACCAAGAUGCUGCUCGUUUGUGGACUAAAUUUGGGCUACCAGACGAAGUUUCCAAUACCGUUCGUCAUGGGGGCUAUUACACGACUUUAGUUCGACCGGGACUUCGCAUGGUUUCUCUGAACACCAACUAUUGCUAUACGUUUAACUGGUGGACGCUUACUUCCACAAAAGAUCCCGCGUCUAUUCUAAGUUGGCUUACAAAGAUCCUCGAAGAUGCAGAAGCAGCGCUUGAAAAGGUUCACAUCAUAGCCCACAUUCCUCCUGGUAAUGAAGAUUGCUGGGCCAUCUACAGCAGAGAAUUCGAGAGAAUAAUAAAUCGAUUCGAAUCGACCGUGGUUGCUCAAUUUUACGGACACACUCAUAAUGAAGAAUUCAAAUUAUUCUACGAUAAAGGAAACGCUACACGACCUAUUAAUGUAGCCUUCAUUGCCGGAAGUAUGACGAGUUUCACAGACCUAAGCCCGAGUUACAGAGUCUAUACGAUCGAUGGCGAACGCCCUGAUUCCAGUUGGAGGGUGUUGGAUUACAGUACGUGGAUGAUGAAUUUGACGUUAGCCAAUCUAAGGGGCCCUACGCAUUUACCAGAAUGGUUUGAAUUAUAUCAAGCGAAAAAAGAAUAUGCCCUGACAGAUUUAAAUCCCAAUACAGUGGAUAGCUUUUUCUCACGAAUGCUGGAUAAUGACGCACUUUUCCAGUUAUACUUCAAGAAUUACCAUAAGGCAGCUGAUAAAAUUAUCUCGAAAGGCUGUGAUGAAACGUGCCGGGAAACAAUUUUGUGUCGAUUAAUCACCAGUAAUAUCGCCGAACGAGAACGCUGUAACCAGAUCGAUCGAAAAAUAUUUAAAGAUUCUGUAGAAGCUGUUGCAGUUGCGCUUUAAAUGACACAACCUCUGACAUCUUACAAGUAUCGAACAAAAACCUAUUUUACGUGUAACAGGAUUUCUUUGCCCUGUCCUGUGUCGGCGUCUGGCCGAUUUGUGCUUACUUUGUGAGCAAGCUAAAAAGGGGUUGAUUCUAUGGUAUUUAAAUUGAAGCAUAAGUAUGCAACUAAUCGACAUUCUAAAUUACGCAGUGAAAUAUAUUCUUUUCGUAAAUAUAGAAA